AUGAGCAGGGCAGUACUGCAGCCUUUCGAGGAGUACCAGAAGGCCCGCACCCAGUUCGUCCAGACCGUGGCCGAGCUGGCCAUCCGCCCCCAGAAUAUUGAGGCGCUCCAGUCUGCCGGUCUUGUGCUCACCGGCGUUAUGGCUUUGCUAAGGCCCCUUCUGCUGGACAACGUCCCCUGCAUCUCUCAGAGCGCCGCCCUGGCGCUCGGCAGGCUGGCCAGCUACUCCGAAUAGCUGGCCGAGAACGUCGUCAACCACGAGAUCCUCUCCCAACUGGUCUCCUCCCUCAACGAACAAAACCGGUUCUUCAAGAAGGCAGCGGCCUUCGUGCUGCGGGCGGUCGCCAAGCACACCGCCCACCUGGCCAAAGUGGUGGUGGACUCGGGUGCCCUCAACGCUUUGGUGGUGUGCCUGGAGUAGUUUGACCCAAGCGUCAAGGAGGCAGCGGCAUGGGCCCUGUCGUAUGUGGCCAAGCACUCACCCGAACUGGCCCAGAGCGUGGUCGAGGUGGGGGCCGUGCCCCUGCUGAUCCUCUGUAUCCAGGAGCCCGAGCCCAAUCUCAAGCGGAUUUCAGCUAGUGCUCUGAGUGAAAUCUGCAAGCAUAACCAGGAGCUGGCGCAGAGGGUGGUCGACGAAGGCGCCACUCCCUUCCUGGUGCAGCUGAUCAACCACUCCGACGCCCAGCUCAAGCGGCAGGUCUGCUCGUGUCUGGCCAACAUCGCCAGGCACAACCCUGACCUCGCCGAAAGCGUCAUGCACAACGAGAUCUUCCCCAAAAUCCUGUACCGCCUCAAAGACCCUGAUCUCCUGGUCCGGAAGUUCGCGGCCACCUGCAUCCGCGAGAUCGCCAAGCAUUCCGCAGAGCUGUCCAAGCUGAUCUGCAACACCGGCGGGGUGGUGGCCAUCGUGGACUACAUCACCGAGGCGAAGGGCAGUAACGCCUUGCCCGGGAUCAUUACGCUCGGCUACAUCUCGGCCUUCGAGGAGUCGCUGGCCAUGACCGUGAUCGCCAACAAGGGGAUCGCCCCGCUGAAGGACGCAUUGGGCAAGGACAACCCGGACUCAGUGAAGGCCAGCGCGGCCUGGAGCCUUGGGCAAAUCGGCGGGCACUCGCCCGACCACGCGCGGGCGAUGGCCGAGCAGGACGUGCCACGUCUGCUGCUGGAGCUGUACAAGGACGGCAAGUCUAACGAGGAAGUCAAGAAAAAGUCCAAGAAGGCCCUGAAGAGCAUCCUGUCAAUGUGCUCCUACCUGAACGCCCUGGAGCCUCUGAUCAGCGACUGCCCCACCGACAUCCUGCAGUACGUGCUGCACCAGUUCGCCAAAACCCUCCCCCACGAGCACGCCGCCCGGAAAUCCUUCAUCCAAAGCGGCGGGCUCAAAAAAAUCCAGGAGAUCAAGGUCGAGACCGGCAGCAAGCUGCGCCAGUACAUCGACGAGAUCAACGCCCAGUACCCCCAAGAAAUCAUCCAGUACUACUCGCCCGGCUACGAGCAGACUCUCUGGAAGAAGAUGGAAGAGGACAGCAGCUGA